AUUCAGUUUCUGACAGCGAGAGGAUGGCAAACAUGUAGUGGAACAACAGAGCGCGAUGAGCAGCGCAGCAUGAGGGGACCCCACAGCUCCGCUGUCAUCAAAAUAAACUCGACGAAUGUAUGAAAUCUGAAACAACUCGAAAGCUCCUGGAUGUCGGGUUCAACGCGGCGGAUGCGCGCUGGAUCCAACUGACAGGAUGAACUGAGACAUUACGCGCAAGAGGUUGCCACGGGCGAGCGUUAGGUUUGACCUCGGUGGAAAUCAUUUCUGGGACAAACAACUUGGUGAGCAUGUCUCAAUGAAGAAUGUGACUGCGUCUGACUCUGUCCAAACGGGGUUGAUGAAGCCCUCGGCGGUGUCAUGCGUCUUGCCCCGCAGCCAAGCGCGCAACCCUUGCGGCUCAUAGUUUUGCUCCUCUUCACUACGGGGGUCAUAACGUCCCCGGUGCUCUCCACUGGCUGCCCGGACAGGUGUGUGUGUGAUGACCAGUUGGUGGUCCAGUGCGCUGGGCAGCACCUGACCACCUUCCCAGUUAACUUGCCUCUGGCCACGCGACAGCUCAUCAUCUCCAACAACCGGAUUGUGGAGCUGCCUCCUCUGGCGCUCAACUACCUCUCGGACUUGGUGUAUCUGGACUGCAGCAACAACUCCCUGACGGAGAUAUCAGAGUCCACGUUCGGGAAUCUACGCAAGCUGGCCUACCUGGACCUCUCGUUCAACACACUGACCCGGAUCGAAGACCGGACGUUCGGGCCUUUGGCGAGCCUGGUGAUGCUGAGGAUGACGGACAACCCGGGGCUCUCGGAGAUCCACCCGGAUGCCUUUGCGGAGAACGCGGCCCUUCAGGUGCUCGAUGUGAGCCGGAACAACCUGACGGUCUUCAACAUCACCUCCAUGCUCGCCCUGCCCGCCCUGCGCUCAGUGGGGCUCAGCGGGAACCCCUGGAGCUGCGAAUGCGAAAACGAGGACCUCUGCUUGUGGGUCCACCUGGAGGGCUUCAAGUUUCAAGAUGAGGGCCAGACGGUGUGUGGCUCACCUGCUGACACGCAGGGCCGGCGUCUGGGUGAGAUGGGCAUCCAGCUACGGACGUUAUGUCACCAGACUCUGGGCUCCUGGGACUACCUUUUCUUUGUCGUCAUCGGCUUUGUCAUCUUCGCCGCCGGCACAGUGUCGGCCUGGCUGAUGGGGGUCGUCAUGGUGCUCUAUGAGCGCUACAUCAAGAAGAAAGACGAGCAGCUGGAUGUGGACGAGGAGGACGAAAUCAUUGAGACUGGUCGCACGUCGAGGGCCAGGGGCGAAAACGACAAAGGGAGUAUAAAGACCUCACAUACUGUAUAAAAGACUCAAUCCCACCCUGCCCGCCAUGGAUUCCUACAGUGCCUCCUGUCAACUUCCACGACUGUCUGUGAAAUCUAAUGAAACCGUUAACCUGAGUCUGUUUAAAAGGCUCUGAUAGGGAGGAUCUUUAGCAGAGAUAAGGAAUGUCUUUCUACUCAUUUGUAGUGGGCUCAUAGAUCACAUAUGCAAAUGUAUUACUUUGUACGUUAUUAAUGUCUGCGGGUGAAGAAAGGUCGUGCCUGCUCACAGAAUCCAAACCUUAUCAGUGAAGCUGGUUUUCCUGGAAGCAGCCAGCCAGUCGUGUUCUUAACAUUAUAUAUUGGUUGAGCAUUAAAUAGUUUGUCCUGUGUUCAUUAAUUACGUGGUGUAAUAUUUCCUCUUAGAUUAUUUUCAACUUCUAAGCUAAAACGUUAGCUUUAUAGCUACAUUCAGCCGAAAGGAGUUCACACAUCUGUAAUUGUCAUUGGCAUCAGUUAAAUUCUUUUUCACCACUGAGAUCACUCACACAUGUAAACGUCAAAAUGGUGUCUAAAUAGGCGGUAUUAUAUCUCUAUAUAGCAGAUUGUCAAACUGGACUACUGAAAUAAAUCUGGAAAUGAUCGGCAUAGUUAAUCUUUUCAAGAGUGGGGGAAAUUAAAAAUUUGAAAUGUUUUUUUAAAAGUGCAUAUGAUAAAUUUGGACUCAAUGUGGAAAGACAUUUAAUCUGGAAAACAUCGCCAACAGGAUUUUCUGUCACAUCUGUUUCUCUCUUUCACGUUGUUAUAAUACAACACACGUUGUACACUUUGUUAUAAUAUUCAUUGAAUAUUCCCAUUAUGAUAUAAUUUUUACUGUUAAAUUCUCUAAGUAGAAAUAUGUUUGCUGCUCCAUGCAGGUGUUUCACAGAUGUAUGAAAGACAAUAGAAUACCAGACUGCCCCCCCAAACGUUUUACCUCCCAGGUUCACUUCCCACCAUUCCCAUGGGUGGACGUUACAUUAUAAUGACUUAAUGCAACUUUUCUAGGUACUGGGUUGAUUAAAAAUCCAUAAUAGUAAAAAUAAAAAUCAGCCUUGAUAACAGUUGACAUGUGUUAAGGGUUUCACAGGCGCCCCUUUAAUAACGGUUGCUUAUGGGGACAAAGCUUUUUGUGCAUUUGCAGCAAGACUGAGUGAUGGCCCUUUAUCCAGCUCUCUUAAUACAUCACUGGGUUGUUUGAUCAGUCAUGUUUCUUUUACCUUGAAAAAAGUUGAAAUUGAGCAAGAUUUCUUAGCGAAUUAGUCUAAUUUAAGAUUGUGAGGGGCUAAACAACUUUUUAUUUAAACCUGAGACUAUUAGACUAUUAGAACUGUGAAACCUGGCCCCUAAGUAGUGAUUACCAUAGUGAAUGUGUUUACUUUUUGACAGACAAGUUACACUAUUAUAGGUUGGUUUUACGGACAAGAUAAUCAGCUUCCUUUUCAUAGCACUGCUGGCACUUACCCAAGUCUCAUAGUGGUGGACUAGGAUUAGGGUUAGUCGGACUAGAAGAAGCGUGGCUGUGUUAAAUUAAACAUGUUUUGUUGUCAUUCUGCCCACAGGCAUGGAAGGAGAGGAUGAACAGCUUUUAUGCAAUGCAUUUGUAUCACUGUAUUAUGAAUAAAUCCGCCUGCACACGA